AUGGGGAUGUUAUACUACAAUGCCUAUGUGCUUUUCCCCCUGGACAAUAUGUCCGAAUGCGCAAGUGUAUGGCUAACCGUACUCCUCGCAAUCGAGCGCUACAUGGCCAUGAGUAAGUUGCGCUUCCGGUCAACUGGACUUACGGCCAACGGCACAUCACGAUCCACAGAAAAUAUUGCAAGGAAACAUGGCCCAUUGUGUUUGAACUGUGGAAGUGCCCUCGCCAAGUGCCGCUCGAGAUUCAGAUCAACCAUCCGUUUGACUUGCCCACCACAAACAUUUAUUUCUCGUAUCAACUGCUCGCACUCAAUUGUCCUGGUGACUACACUCAGUGUGGUGUUGCACGUACCAUAUUUUUUUGUGCAAAUUGUUCAAGCACUCCCCAGUCGGUCUGUCAACCAUACCACUAGCAAUAAUUACACCAGUCCGCCAACAAAGUUGACUAUUCAACUAACAGAAUUUGGACAUUCUGAAGUUUACAAGGCCCUCUCAUGGAUCAGAGUGGUGUUAGUGCAAGGCAUACCGCUGGCCUUUUUGUGUGUUGCGAACUUUUGCCUUUUCCACUACAUUCAACUGGCCACCGUUCGUCGUCAACAAGUUUUGCUAGCUCUACCACAGACUCAACAAAACCGCAAACGGAAAGGAAAGUUUAAAGCUCAUAAACAAAGUUGUCGGACUACUCCGAGCUCCAACGGUGGAUCAGCCUCGCGAUGGCAUACGGCACAAAGAAAACUAACCAGUCUGCUUAUCGUGAUUGUUGCAUUGUUCCUGGCCGGCCAGAUACCGCAAGCUUUUGCCUAUGUGGCUGUGUUUGAAAUGUUUGGAAGUGACUGUACACGUUGGAGUUGUUGUCAGCCGUAUCAAAUCUAUCGAGCAGUAACAACUACUCUGCGAUUAACCACCUACGCUGUGAACUUUCUUGUCUAUCUUCUACUGAACAAACAUUUCAAACAUCAGCUGAGGAUCUGGGUAUUAUCUCACUUUGCCCCGUGCGUUGGUCCCACCAGAUUGGCUGCUCCAUCCACUACGGCGAUUAUUUCAAAUGCACCCAAGUCACACUUAUUUCUGAGAGGUCCCCGAUUAGCACUGAGUGCAAUUGACGAAAGGGCGGAAACUCCUAAGUGGCGAAAACACUUAUGCGUUCAAGAUAUACCUUCUGAAGCAAGAUCUUUGCCCCUAGCCCUUGAGUACAAACAAGAUACAUCUGUUUCGCAAUAUUUACACUCUGUCAGUAUUUCAAAAAACAAGGAUUUAUUUUCAAAUACUUCACAAGAUUUAACAGCAUCUAUUGAAAUUCCUGUUACCAAAACUAUCGAUACCUUUGCGGACAAAACGAAACCAAUGAACAAUCCAACUGGAUAUCGCUCAACGUAUUGUUCAUGCACACUGGAAAGUCACAAGCAAACUGAGAUAUUCUUUGGAAAUCAUUACGUUCCGUCCAUAUCAAAAAGUUUCCAAACAUAUUUUUCGUACGAUACUGUCACAAAGAAGGUGACAAUAGACCGGCAUCACCACGACCCGACACAAAGUACACAUGGCGGACGGUUUUCGAAUGACAUGGAUCUACAUGUAGCCCAGUCUUCCUUCAACCCAUGCUCCCCUCUUGAUAGACAAACACAUUUUUCCACCAACAGCGUGCGCGCCAAAACGUAUUUGCCACAGCCUACAAAGCUACCGUCUUCUAACUUAUUACUAGAGAAAGCAGAGAACCAGAGUGACAGGAAGAAUUUAGCUCAAGUGAACAAAAGUCUUCGGUCUACAGAUUCAAGCUAUUCCCUGUAUCAGUUAGUUUCGUCCCUUGUUUACGAGGAAAGCGAUUUUGAUGUAAUAUCGGUAGACAAUUCAGCUGAUCCAGAAAUAUUUGUGACCAACACAGCUGUAUAA